GAAGACAACCACCGUUUAUAACAACGACGAACAAGAACCGCGCUGGUUAUUUCUGGGUUAGAAAACAUGGCUCAAGGCACCAAGAAGUUUAAACCUCAGCGGCCGGGAUCCACAAAAAAACACCAACAAAACAAACAGAAAGGACCAAAGAAAGGAGCGAGGACUAUUGCUCCGAAGAAGGUUCAAGUUGUUGAGCAACAGAAACUGAAGAAGGGUUUAGAGGUGGCCAUCAGGAACAAGAUUGAGCAGGACGUCACGCACAAAGCAAGCUUAUGCCUCCACAAGCCGCUGAGCGUGGUCAAAGGAGCCGAGGGGAGAGGCAACCCAGAAGGAGCCGCCCAUCCAGGAACCAGCUCCAAAUAGUGCUUGAUAAACACACCUGAGGAUGAACCGGAGGUCUUAGUCAUGGCAUCAGUGAACAACACUUGCUCCUGUGAGUCAUAUUCAAGAUACGUUCCAGCGACGUGCUGUUUUUGAUCCCUGAAUGUUUUCGGAUUUGAGGCUGAAAUAGUCUGACUUCUUGGAGACAUAAUUGUUUCAUUUGCAGUUCACAAAGAAAUGUAUAGAUUGAGAGAAGAAACAUGCUUUUAGAGAAGAAACAUUCUGGAAAAGGCCUGUCACUAACUCAUAAGACUCGCAAAAACCUCCAAUAUAGGGCACUGUACCACUUUGUUGACCUUGUAAAUUGUUUCCUUGUUUUUUGUUGUAAAAACCUUGAUUGAAACAUCAUAAACCAUAAAUGGAUUACCUUUGGGGUGUACCUCUCUAAAAUGGGUCCUUUCAUUUCCAAACUUGUCAGACUAGACCAGCGCUGACUCUAGUGAUGUAAAUGGAGGGAAUUCAUCCGAUUUUUCAUGCUCCCACACAAGCCACAAACGGCUAUUAUUAAUCUUCUUCUGUAGAAAUGUCUGUUUCCUCUUUAGUGUACAAACCCGAUCAUAACUCGGGGCAGUGUGAAUAGGAAGCAUGCUGUAUGUUACCAUGAUGAUGCAUCAGCCUACCCGGUUUUGGCUUUGAAAUUAAACGUCAAGGUGAAACCA